UGUGCGAACGUUGUUUGGAAUUCUAAAAUUCAGUUCGAUUCUUACGUUCAACGUGUGCAGUUGUCGUCUUCGGAAUGCGAGUUCAAAAAUAUUAAAAUCAAACAAAAUCAAUUCAGAAAUUCCGUCAAAAUUUUGAAGACGUGAAAUUAUGUGAAGACAUGUGUUGUGUUUAAAUAAAAUAAAUUGGCAAAAAUUUAAUACAAAAUUAUAGUGUCCAAUAAUUAAUCGAAAUUGAAAAAAAAUAUUUGUGAAAAACUAAAUUUAACUUAAAAUUUAAAAACAACAAAAUUAAUAUAAUUUAAAUAUAACAAAAUGUCGCACAACGUUGUUAAUUAUUUAUUUGACAUCAACACUAACACCGUCACCACCACGGCCACUACACCAGAUACACCACUAGCUGAGUUUAUUGCUUCUUCAUCUUCCAUACUCAGUUCGGAGCAACAUCACAAUCAAAUUACCUUUGAAAUCCCUUCACAUCGUGACUUGGAGCACAUCAACACGUUGCACAAGUUCAAUUCAUUGUUGCAACAUAUCGGCAAUGUAGCCUACGAUACUGUCACUGGUGGCCCAGGUAUCUCAUCCACUGGUGAACCACACAAUCCACUUGUUCUGGAUGCUGCUGGUCAUGCCAUCACCAAUGAACAAAUUUCCAAGAGCGCUGUUCUAAAUUUGGCCGAUUUCAAUGAUGCUUCCAGCAACUUUUGGGAACGUUGGCUUGAAUCCACUGACAUGCACUCGGUUAUCAGUUAUUUGUGGUUUGGUGUGGUGACUGCAUUACUUAUCCUAUCAGUGAUUUUCAUCAUGUUCACAUAUUAUUUUUAUCGCAAAUUUCGGCUUUGGAAAAAAUGCAAUAAGGACAUACGAGCACAUUUGAACAAUGACAUGUACCCAGGUGGUACAAUUGUUACACAUACUAGUCAAAUAGAUGGCAAUGAAGCUGCUUACUAUCAAAUGGAAUCACCACCCUGUUAUACAAUUGCAACUGGAUUGCCAACCUACGAUGAGGCACUACAUCAUCAACACUUCUCAUUUGGCAUGAAAUUUGUGUACCCAUCAUUAGCUGCGGUGCAUCAUCAUCCAGCCAUAACUGGUAAUGGUUGCACAAACAUAACAAAUUGGGAAAAAGAAGAUUUAACAUCGAGGCGCAAGGAGAAGGUAUCAAAGCAAAAAUUUCAUAAAUUGAUAAGCGUCGAUAUGGCACCACCAGCAUACGAUGUUGGCGCCAGUGUUGCUCUAUUGUCAACAAAUGAAAAGUCCGAAGCGAUAAGGAUUUCAAUUAUGAGUCCCGCAGAGGAUGAGCGACUAAAUGUUUCAAAAGCGGUCAGUUCAACGCCCACAUCACCAGUAACUUCAUCAACAGCAAUAAAUGUAAAAGCAACAAUUGACAACAAUAAUGUUGACGAUGUCAAUGAUGAUGAAUUUGUUGGAGUUGUUGUGGCGUGAUUGACAUCAACUCAUUAAGCGUCAAACAUUACUUCAUAAUGUUAUCCUUGUAAAUAUGUAAAUAUAAAACACAAUGUUAAAA